AUGACGGAUGCUGAAAGUGUUGAUAAUAAUGUAGUAGUUGAGGAGAAGGCCGUUUUUGACAAUACCACAGCUAUACAGAAAGUAAUCAAGAAUGCGUUAGUUCAUGAUGGACUAAAAAUUGGUAUAAGGGAAGUUAUAAAAGCCAUCGAAUCUAAAGAAGCAAAAGUAUGUUUCUUAUCAAAUGUAUGCUCGGAACCGGCAUAUAAAAAGUUAGUUACUGCCCUUUGUGCAGAAAAGAAUAUUCCCCUAUUUAUGGUUGACAACGAUAGUAAAGAUUUAGGACAAUGGGUUGGUUUAUUUAAAUUAGAUAAAGAAGGGAAUGCAAGAAAAAUUAUUGGAGCAAGUUCAGUUGCUAUUAUAGAUUUUGGGGAAGAAUCAGCAGAGAGGGACUUCCUCAUGGCGCAAAAGCAGACUGUAGGGGCUGCAUAA